CCCCUGCCGCUGCUCCUCCUCUUUGCAAGCAGCCAGACUGAGUUCCCGGGAAUCGAGGUUUGGCGCAUGCUGAGCGGCUGCCUCCGCCUCCGCGUCUCCGCGCCCGGCCUCGCGCUCCCGCUGCCCUUCCCGCUGCAGCCGCCCCGGGCUCCGGGUCCGAGCGUCCGCCGCCUGCUCCCUCCGACCUUCGCCUUCGGCUUCCGCCAGCCUCGCCUUAUGAAGCCGUUCGUCGUGUUCGUGCUGGGCGGGCCCGGCGCCGGCAAGGGCACCCAGUGCUCCCGCAUUGUGCAGAAAUAUGGCUAUACACAUCUUUCUGCGGGAGAUCUUCUUCGUGAUGAGAGGAGUAAGCCAGAUUCUCAGUAUGGCGAGCUAAUUGAAAGGUACAUAAGAGAAGGAGAGAUUGUGCCCGUUGAGAUAACCAUCAGCUUGCUCAAAAGGGAAAUGGAUCAAACGAUGGAGGCCAAUGCUCAGAGGAAUAAAUUCUUGAUUGAUGGGUUUCCACGAAAUCAGGACAACCUUCAAGGCUGGAACAAGACCAUGGAUGGGAAAGCAGAUGUCGCUUUCAUUCUGUUUUUUGACUGUGAUAAUGAGAUCUGCAUUGAACGCUGUCUUGAGAGGGGCAAGAGUAGCGGGAGGAGUGAUGACAACCGAGAAAGCCUAGCAAAGAGAAUUCAGACCUAUCUGCAGUGCACUAAGCCUAUUAUUGACCUCUAUGAGGAGAUGGGCAAAGUCAGGAAGGUGGACGCCUCUAAAUCCGUUGAUGAGGUGUUUGAAGAUGUCUUGAAGAUCUUUGACAAAGAAGGCUAGUUUCACUCCACAAAUCCUCCCUGACCCUCGCUUCGACAGCUGCUACUUCAGUCUACCCUUUGUUUAAAGAAGUUUUUUAAUCUUUUUGUCAUUAUGUCUCGAUGGAUGACUGGAAAAUAGAUAGUAAUUAAGUGAAAAAAGAUUUUUUUUUACAGUGGUCAUUUUACAUGACUUUAGUAGACAGUAACUUCAGGGUCUUGCUUAGUAUUAGUCAAGGCUCUCACCCAGCAAAGAAGGCCCUCCCCUCCUCUCCUGCUCGUGCCUUCGGGAGCCAAGCUUGCUCUACGUGUCCAAGACCCACUCCCAGUCGACAGGAUGGUCCCUAAUUGCUUUUCCAAACAAGUUAAAAAAGCAGUUGCCACCUGCUGUGUGGAUCCGUGGACCAAUGUUAGGAAUCUUUUCAUGAAGUCACUGUUCGCUCAAUUCCUUUUUUUUUUAAAUGAAGUGAGAAAACAAGGGCCCGGGGUUGUUUUCAUGUUUGUUACUUAGCUGACCAUAAGAAAUCUGGACCUGAUUUGACUCUCCCUGGCUCUUGGCAGUGAAUAGUGGGAGAAGGGGCAUGCUCGGGGUUCCAGGACUUCAGGCUUUCUUGAUUCAGUCGUAACCUUAGGCCACUGCAGGUGGAGGGGUGAGGGAACAGGUCUCUUCAGACCAACUUGACCUGCCUCCUCCUGAUUCAUAGGAACUGAUUUCAGCAAGAUUCCUUGCCAGUGACAAACCUGAAAACAUGUGCUGAGGGUAAGGGAAAAGGAGAUUUUCAACAGUUUGAUUUUUGGAACACUUAAAAGUGAUUUGGGGUCUUUGGGAUAAUAAUAAGGUCUGGUAUUGGCUGGAGGGGGGAAAUUCUCUUAAAGGUUGAAUUUGAAAUUUGUUAUGUUUUCUUGAUGGAUUCCUUUUUUCAUAGUUAUUGUUUAAAAAGAUUUUUCCCCAAAUAAUUGCACUUUGGUUUGUUUAAGAAAACAAUAAAUAAAUACAUCUUCUAAGUGUUUGA